GCCAAGACCCCAAAUGAAGUCAUGAAGAGUGAAUUGACCAACACAGACCAGAAGCAUGGCGAUAAAGGUUUAUCCAAAGAUUUCUCUCCCAACACCUUUUCCCCCAUCACACUUGAAACGAUCUCUUUGGUUUAGAGUGAGAUACAGUUGAAUUGACCUCAAAAUCCUGAACAGGCUGAGAGUUUUAAUAGAGAGUUGGUGAGCAACGGAGAUGAGCACAGCAGUGUCACCCCCAUCUCCCACUAGUCCCCAAAACAACGGACACAGCCUUAUCCCUCCCCCUCCAACUGUAUACAACAGCCCGCGGGCCACCAGCUCACGAAAGUUCACUAAGACACAAUGCACGGCGAUCGCGUGAUGCUCACGUCAAGUCAGGUCUUGGAGCCGUGUCCCCGAGUCUCCAAGGCGACGGGUUACAAUAAAUGCCCCGGACCCCCCAUUUUUCUGUCCUUAGAUUUCAGUCGGCUGCCGAAUGAGUCCUGGCAAAGGAUCCUAGCGUCCUGAAGUCUGCUAGCAGAAACAUACAAACAACUGGAGACUGACGGGAACUUGUUUCCCAACAUCCAUUCCAGCUAUGUCCGGACCAGCGGGAGAUACUAAUUGGAAUUCCUAUGAAACGACAAUGAGGCACGAAUACACCCCUAAACGAGGAGAAAUUCCUGAUGUAGUUCGUCAUAAUGAUUUCAAGGGGUUAGGAUAUUCAUACAAGCUCAAUGAUCCUAUCCACGUUAAAACAUUAUACAGUGAACAGUUUGAUUGGAAACCAUCCUCCAAAGACGACAUGAUAAGAACUGCAACUUCUUCUGGAACUAGAACCAAUAAACCCCAUCCUAGCAAGGAAUUUAUGACCUGGAAACUUUCUCAAGAAGGGACAAAAACAGUUGCAGAAAGUACUGCUCCAUGUCAAGAGUUGAAAGUAGUAAAAAAGGCAGAGAGCUCUCUUCCAGAUCAAGAGGUGGAAACAGUAAGAAGUAUAGAAAGUUCUCCAUGGAGAAUUCCUGCUACACUCAAAGAAAUCCGUAAAGCAAUAGCUGAUCAGUAUACUUCUCGUUUCCGAGAAGACUACUUGGAUAAUUCAAAAUUAAAGAAACCAACUAUACAAGGGCCUCUUGAUUGGAAAACGUUACUUCCUCGGCGUCUAGAAACUGAGUUUAGGCGUAAUUUCCAAGUCCCAGUGAAGAUACCUGAAUUACGAGACUUGAAUGUCAAAUAUGGAUAUAAUGCAACAGUACCAAUUCCUGCAGCUUGUGGAACUGUUCCUUCCAUUCUGCUUAAGCACAUUUGGAACCAAGAACAUUCAAAGAAACAGAGUACAUAUGAGAGGCAUUAUGGAAAAGAGUACUUAGAUUUGGCAAUGCUUUUGAAUUCUCUCAAUGAAGAUGAAAUCAAGAAAUAUCUUGAGAAAGUUCCAGAGGAUGAAAGAAAACUUCUUCAGAAUUUUGUUAAUGAAAAUUACAACAAGAGUGGCAACAAGCAUAAAUAAGCUUAGCCAAUGUUUAUGGACAUCAAUCCAGUACUUAAAGAACAAAUUCAUACUUCUGUCAGUAUUGAAAAAUAAUAAGAUAGUUGUUCAUUUAAA